AUGUCGACUUUAGCGCCUUUGUUAGAUUUGGGUGAGGUCACCUACCGAUCAGAAGCAAAGGCGAGCUCUCCUAUGAUUCCUGUCCACACUUGGCCACUCUUGACGUGCUACGAACAAGUUGUUGAUUACUACCUGUUCCUCAGAAACAGCGAAACUAGCCCAUGGGGCGGCUACAAUGAUUUCCGGUUCGCAUGUUUGGAAACCUUUUUUCUAGAGAUGUGUGGAUUCUAUUCGGGAGAACUGGACCUCACAGGCCGGCAUAAGCCUCGGUUCCUUUUCCUCCAACCAGUCUGGAAUGAAUUCAUUGCAGAUUUCAACAUUACUCCCUACGUUGAGGAACAGCCGGGAUAUGGCCACUCCAUAUCUCGGCCAGAAUACACAUUCCACCGGCCUCUUCUUUGGCAGAACUUCAGGUCCAAGUGGGUCGUCCAUGAAAAUGGUUACUGGUUUGUAAAAUGUCGCGUGGCGGAAGUUCUGAGGCUCAUGACCAAAGCUAACUACACGCCGAAGUUUCAAAGACGUCAUCUUUUGCAUCUUCCAGACGAGUUAUUGGAUCUCAUCAUGAAGAAUGCAAGCCUUGAAAAUACACGAAUAAUCUCGUCUACUUGCAAGAGUUUGCGCGUCAUCUCCCAGCGCUACAUCUUUGUCUCGCGACGAUUGAUUCUCAAUACACUGAAUCUCGCAGACGUGAUACUGCUUCUUGAAGAGAAGAGGCAAGCGGCGACGUUAGAACGUUAUCUAAAGGAGCAUGAUCAAAGUUUAUCUCAAGUUCAUUUCUUGCUCGGCCGCCCUGAUAUUACCCAGAAAAUCAAAACCGUUCACAUCCGAGUUCGCAGUGUCUUCGACCAUAGCCGUGGGCUUUACCUGGGUUCCGGUACUUUUAUCCAUCUCGAGACUAUUGAGCACGCAUUUUGUUCGGUCCUCGAAACUAUGCAAAAUCUCACGUCCCUCUCCGUCUCUCGUUUUUUGCUCAGUAAUCCCUUCACUCAGACGAUAGCUUCUCUCCCCCACCUCCGAACCCUAAAACUUGCGAUACACGCGCCUAUCACUUCACUUCUCUGCUAUCCUAUGUGGAUUCUCAACAGAAUUGAAAACCUGGUGUUGACAAUUGAUCCAGACGGGCUCCAGGUUCUGCUUUUCCUUGAUUCCUGGGCGAAUUCUAUCAAGAAUUUGUUCAUAUUUUAUCCACAUGUGCCUGAGCUAGAUGCAUUCUCAAACAUGUGCGCUAUGGAACGGGUGUCCCUCUCUAGUCUUCCUCGCAUAUAUGUUCACGUCGUGGAAAACAUGCUUCUCAUCUCACCUUCGUCGGACGUCCGUCGAUUGACUCAUCUUAAAUUGGAUUUCCGAGAGCCCAUUUUGGAUGAGGAGGUGGUCACCCUGUCCGGUGCGUUGGAGUCUUAUCCAAUGGAAGUGCUUGUGUUGGACGGACUACUCCAAGGAUACCCAGACAUCAUCGACGCCAUCGCACAGAAACUGCCAAAUUUAUUGGUCUUGAUGCUUCUCCGCCGUGGCGGCUCCGCUCAGAGUGUUAGUACCCACUGUAUGUGGCCUAAACCGAUAUGGACGUAUGCACCUCCCUUUUCUCAGUUCACAAGGCUCAGACAUUUCGAAUGGAACUAUCAAUACUUUUGUGAUGAAGUUAUCACGCCGUGGUCGAUGCUCCGACUGGAAGGUCACAACGAUCAGGAUGUAUCCGUGCGGCCCUACCUGGGAUACGAGUCGGAUGACCAUGAAGACAUAGAAUAUGCUUUGUGUGGAGCUUCUGUGUUUAAGGCAUACUGCCGGGGGCCAAAGCUGGUAAUGGUUUAUCUCCAUGAUCCUGCCAGGUCCUGGUGGCUAAUCGGAGAAGAUGGUCCCAUCCCGGACACAGCGCCACAUGAUCGAAACCUUCCAGCUCUUGAGUGGAAUCCUUGUAUGGACGAGGAUUACUUGGAAGACUCCUGCAAGUGGUGGUAGAUACUUCUACUUUAUGUGCUUUCUGCC